AAUAUCAGCUGUGUUUCACACAUUGUUCGCAAUGUAACUAAAAUAUAUGCGUAUUUAAAAAAUUCAAUGUGAAAAUGUCCUAUAAGACAAUCGAUAAAAAGGCAACUCAAUGUUUAUGAUAAAUCUAUUGUGCGUAAAACAUGGCGCGCCGGAGGAGCAGCGGGAUCACGAGCCUGGGGUUUAACCAGGACCAAGGCUGCUUCACUUGCUGCCUAACAUCUGGUCUGCGCGUGUACAAUGUCGACCCACUUGUCGAGAAGGCGCACUACAGCAAGGAGGAGCUGGGCGAGGUGUCGCUGUGCGAGAUGGUGUUCCGCACCAAUUGGCUGCUAGUGGUGCGCGCGCGGCGGCCCUGCGCCCUCAUGCUCUUGGACGACCAGCAACGCGCCUUCAAGGCAGAGGUGCUGUUCAAGUCGCCGAUACGAGCGUUGAAGGCGAGAAAGGAUAAGGUGGCUGUAGUAUUAGCGUCGUCAGUCCAAGUUUUGUCGCUACCGACGUUAACGCGCGUCGCGUUGCUGCGGACGCCGGCGACCGCGCGGCCGUUAUGCGCUAUAGCGACCGACCCUAACGCGCUGCAGAUACUAGCUGCACCCGCGCAUCGAAAGGGCUCGUUGCAGCUACUGGACGUGUCGAGGGCGGUAAAGGGGGCGGCGUCCAGUUCGCCCGCAGUGCUCUCCUGCCACCAGAGUGAUAUUGCAGCGGUCUGCGUGUCGCCGAGCGGCGGGAAGCUGGCGACGGCGUCCGCUCGCGGGACUAUUGUCCGACUGUGGGAUACCGCCACUAAGCAUUUGCUGCACGAACUGCGACGCGGGUCAGACUACGCGGAUAUUUAUUGUAUAAACUUCAACUGGUCGGGCUCCAUGUUGUGCUGCGUGUCGGACAAGGGCACGCUGCACGUGUGGAGCGCUCGCACGUACGGGCGGGUGUGCGCCGCGCCCGCCGCGCCGCCCUGCCCCGCGCUGUGUGCGCUCGCUGACGACUGCAACGCUGUCGUAAUAUGUGAGGACGGAACUUUCCACAAAUUCACGUUCUCGGCUGAAGGAAACUGCCACCGUAGUGACUUUGAAUACUUCUUGCAGGUGGGAGACGACGACGAAUUUUUGCAUUGAUAUUCAACAAAAUUGUUGUUUCGGGAUAAAUUAAGUGUAGCGCAUAGGCCUGCUAGAUAAUAUAACGUUGCGCUCUCGGAAUCGGGCCGUAUGGACCGUCAUAAUUCAUUGCGUCGUAUUUAGCUUAUUUCAUCGUCAAUAGCUUUGUCCACACCGUGCCUUUUUUUGUUCAUCAAUGGCAUGCGUUAUAUUAUAGCACAGUCAACAUCGCACGUGAGGCAUGCCCG